ACAAUGGAUGGAUUGAUGGACGUUACUUUAAUGUGAAUAUUUUCAUGAGAAAUUUACAUUUGCCAUCGUGACUGAGUCAUUGCUCAUGCAGGUCUGCCAUGUCUUACCAAAACCUGCCGCAGGUACCGCCCACUAAUUAGCAUAUACAGUACAGGUAUAUUAGAAGCAGCUGUGGCCUUCUGUCUCUAGUUGAAAGAAGAACCGUAUUUCCCCUAUUAGGAUUUCUCAUCAUUCUGGAAUAACAAUGGUGGAUUACGAGGUGACCGUCUACACUGGCGACCGACUUAACUCCACCACCUUGAACCCUGUGCACAUUAAGCUGGUGGGCACAGAUGGCGAGAGUGAGCGCAUGUGGCUGAGGUCUUUGGUCAUCUUCAGCGGAUCAGUGUCUACUUAUUCUGUUUCCUGCCCAAACUCCCUUGGACAGCUGGUUCUGAUAGAACUAGACAAACGACAAUUCUUCCUUUUGCCCAAUGAUGCUUGGUUCCCUGACAAAGUGGAAAUCAAAUCACCCGAGAGAGACAUCUACACCUUUCCCAUCUAUUGCUGGAUCAAUGACAGUGAGACUCACCGCUUCAGAGAAGGAAAAGCUCUGAGGAUCUUCGAUGAAAGCAACUCUCUUGGUCAGCAUGCGAGGAAGCAGGAGCUGAGACAGCGAAGUGUAGACUAUGGCUGGAAUUUUUAUUACUCGGGCUUGCCUUACACCAUUAAGGCAGAUGGUCCUACUAGCCUGCCGAAUGAGCUCCAGUUCUCCUUUACCAAGACGACAGAGUUUGCAUUCACAACUGUCACAGGGUUGGCUGAGCUUCAGCUUAAGGGGCUGGAUGACAACCGGGAAAAUUGGGAAAGUCUUGACAAUAUCAACGAAAUGUUGCGUUUCAAACGAACCGUCGUUUCAGAUUACGUGCAGGAACACUGGAAAGAGGAUGAGUUCUUUGCAUACCAGUUUCUAAAUGGCGUCCAUCCCACCUUGAUUCAACGUUGCAAGACUCUACCCAAGAACUUCCCUGUGACUGAUGACAUGGUCUUCAUCUCUGAUGGCUCAAACUUGUCUCAGGAGUUGAAGGAAGGCAACAUAUACCUGUGUGACUACAAGAACCUGGACGGAUUUCCUGCAAACACUAUCGAAGGGAUUCAGCAGUACUUGAUGGCACCCCUCGUCUUGCUUCACAAAAGACCUGACGACAAGCUGAUGCCUAUUGCCAUCCAGCUGAAGCAGACUCCAGCUGAGGACAACCCAAUCUUUCUCCCAACUGACUCUACGUACGACUGGCUGAUAGCUAAGAUUUUUGUGAGAAGUGCCGAUUUCUCAGAGCACCAAAUCAACACGCACUUGCUGCGCACUCACCUACUGGCAGAGGUCUUUGUGGUGUCACUGCUGCGCAACGUGCCCAUGGUGCAUCCCCUGUACAAGCUCCUCAUACCCCACACUCGCUACACUCUGCAUAUAAAUGAAUUAGGUCGAAUACGGCUAAUGGGACCCAUCGGAGUCUUCACCAAGUUUGCAGGUUCUGGUGGAGAGACUUUGAUGAAGAUCAUGGUAAGCUCGCUGUCCUCGAUAACCUACAGGUCCCUUUGCCUCCCCGACGACAUUGCUGAUCGUGACAUGCAGGACUUGCCAAACUUCCACUACAGGGAUGACGGACUCCAACUGUGGAACAUCAUCUUCAAAUAUGUGCAGGGAGUGAUACAAUACUACUACAAAAGCGAUGACGAGAUCCAGCUAGACUCGGAACUGCAGACUUGGAUCUGGGACAUAUUUAAAUAUGGCUUUCUUUCCCAGCCACAAACAGGAAUCCCUCAGGGCUUCACUACUGUGUCUGAGCUGAUCAAGUUCGCCACCAUGCUGGUGUUCACUAGCUCAUGCCAGCAUGCGGCUGUAAACAGCGGACAGUACGACUAUGGUGGCUGGAUGCCCAACACUCCCGCGACCCUGCAACGUCCUCCCCCCACCGCAAAGGGGACAACAAGUGAGGCCACCAUGCUGCAGACAUUGCCCCCUAUCAAUGUGACUGUUCAGGGAAUGGCCACAACCUGGCUGCUCAGCAGGGAGACCUCAGACUUUGUCCCCCUCGGACACUAUCCAGAGGACCAUUUCAGCGAGGAGAUCCCGCGCCAGCUGCAAAAGGAGUUUAAAGUUGAGCUUGACAGGUUGUCGAUCACAAUCAACAACAGAAACAAAGAUCUGGAAAUUCCUUACACUUACCUGGAUCCAAAGAAAGUCGAGAACAGUGUGGCCAUCUAAAGCUCCGAAAGUCUCAAUAAAAAGAGAGGAUCCAAUGAA